AUGGUGAUGGAUAGAGUUUUCUGGUGUAAGAAGAUGAAGGCCAUCUUAGAGACGCAAGAGCUGUCUUUUUGGAGCACUUUGGAGCAAUUGGGACGUGAGGAGCAAGGAAGGACUUGGUGCAUGGAUUCAGCUCAACUGCACACGCUUAGGAUGAAGAAGGAAGCCGUCUUGAAGUCAGCUCGACCCAUCUACUCGACCAACCGGUCGAGUUCCUCAACUCGACCGGCCAAGUUCCAACUCGAUCGAGCUGCGGAGUCAAUGGUCAAACCCGAAAAAUGUUGCUUCCCCUUUGACUCCCCUUUGACCCUAAACCUAAUCCUUCUUGUAUUUAAAGGCUUGUAG